AGAACUAACACGCUCGACACGUUUUUGUUUGCACUUCUGUGCCCACCCCGGCAACCGGUGCGGUGCGAGGUGUUCUUUAUCAGUGAUUCCCAAUAUUCAGCGUUUUAAGUUUGUCUGCUCUACAAGAGGAAGUUAAUCCGGGGGGCUGGGGAAGGCGAAUAACGACGACAAAUCGCGUGUGCAUUGUGUGUGUUUGUACAUAUUUGAACUACCGCGCGCAGUUGGACUUGAACCCGAAAAUAGUACCGCGUGGAUAAGUUGGAAUUGAGACAGAAGUAGACUUGUCUCAUCAACUCGGAAUUCGAUUUUUACCAUAUAAAAUGAGCCGCACCGGGCAGCGAUAGGCACAGUGCAGUGAUUCUCCGUCUUAUCCGGGUUCUGGUGGUGAAGUACCGAAGGCAUUAGUACACAGUCAGCGAUUGCCCGAAACCGUUAGGUGUCACCGAAUCGGAUCCGUUUUGAACGAUUUACGAGCCAGGAACACUCGUCAAACUCUAUCCAUCCUCCCAGCUGACCGGCUGGCUGAGCGUCUCUGAACACUCACAGUAUUGUAGUCACACUAUAGUAACUCGUCACCAAGGAAAAAGCGAGAGUACUAGCCGUUUCGGCAUUAGUCGUCGAUCAUCAUCAACCGAGUGAGCACUAUCGAGGCACCACUACAGAAGUGUCGAGGAGUGCACGGACGUGGUCGUAGUGGUCAGCAGCAUCAUCGUUCAUCAUUGACUCUUAUCGCAGGCAGCACGGUUGACUGACUCGAUUGCUGUUUUGGUUCAGUUGCAGUUUUGAAGAGCGGUUGUCAGUGAGUGGUCACGCGUUCGACCGAAUAGCACGCUCGCUGCGUGUUUGUGCCGUUUGUUCGUGAUCUUGACUCAUAAGGAAACCCAAGACGACGACGACGACACUUCAAAGAACGUUCUGUACUGUUGAUCGUUCCGUGUGAUCGCUCGUUCGCGAGAAGAGAAUUAUAGAUUGGCACCACAUUAUUAUGCAAUUGAUCGCGAUCUAAUCAGUGUGUUGAUUUGUGUGUUGACAAAUACUUUUGCGAGGCUAUCGAAAACAAAAGUGUGAUAAAUAUCUAUUGAGAGUGUGUGACGAAACGACCAAACGCCGGGUUGUUGCUAUUAUCGUCACGGCAACAUGCUGAACCAAAAGAGCACCAGUGUGGAAGAUAGCAAUUGCAAGAUGAAACCCGAGUACAGCGAGCUGUCGUUCCUCGUGACGAGGCAGUGCCUACAGCAGGAGGAGUUCAAUCAGUUAUCGCAGUACGAUAGAGUGAAAGCAGCACCCAUCGACACUCUGAAGAACACCUUCCGUGGUUUCAACCCCUGCUCGACGCUUCUCGGAUUUGUUCCAAUUCUGCAAUGGCUGCCCAAGUAUAACUGCAAAACCGACCUGAUGGGGGAUGUCACGGCCGGCAUCACUGUGGCCGUCAUGCAAAUACCUCAGGGCAUGGCCUACGGGCUGCUGGCCGGAGUCCAAGCCAACGUUGGACUGUACAUGGCCUUUUUCCAGUGUCUGGUCUACGCAGUGCUCGGCACCUCGAGGCACAUAUCGAUGGGCACCUUUGCUGUGAUCAGCCUGAUGACUGCCAAAGUGGUUGCCACCUAUGCAACGCUACCUCCCAUAGCGACGUCGUUGGUGAACGGAACUGACUCUCUACCUCCGGUGAUAGAUCCCUCCGAUCCUCAGUAUACACCGAUCCAGGUGGCAACGGCCUUGGCUUUCGUGUGUGGAUGCUAUCAUUUCAUCAUGAGCGUCAUGCGGCUUGGUACGCUCUCGUCACUGCUGAGCGAACCGCUGGUCAGUGGGUUUACGACGGCAGCCGCCGUGCACGUGCUGAUCAGUCAGCUGAAAGAUCUGCUUGGAGUGUCGAUCCCUCGGUACAAGGGAGCCUUCAAGAACAUUUUCUCCGUUCGGGACAUUGUCCAACAGGUCCCGAAUAGUAAUCUCACGGCCGUCUACACGUCGGCCAUUGUGAUAUUGUUUAUGAUCUUUAUGAACGAAUAUCUCAAACCGCGGGCGUCCAACUGGUGCAAGAUGCCCAUUCCGGCCGAGCUGAUGGUGGUCGUUGGCGGUACGGUGGCUUCCUACCUCAUCGGGCUGGGUCCGAAUUUCAACGUGACGCUGGUCGGCACGAUUCCAGUUGGCAUCCCCGCACCGAUAAUGCCCCCUGUUGCGCUAAUGCAAGCGGUCGCCAUCGAUGCGAUCGCCAUCUCCAUCGUCAGCUACUCGAUCGUCAUGUCGAUGGGAAUGAUCUUCGCCCAGAAGGAAGGAUACGAGGUUCGGGCCAACCAGGAACUGAUCGCCAUGGGUACCACCAACAUGAUUGGAUCGUUUUUCUCCUGCAUCCCAACGGCAUGCUCCCUAUCGCGUUCGUUGAUCCAACAUCAGUCCGGUGGCAAAACCCAAAUAACGGCCGUAGUAUCGUCCAUUCUCAUCCUGGGAGUGCUGCUGUGGAUUGGACCGUACUUUGAGUCGCUUCCGCGAUGUGUCCUGGCUUCGAUCAUUUUCGUGGCACUGAAAGGCAUGCUGUGGCAGGUUCAGCAUAUCAAGAAAUUCCACCGCGAGGGAACGUUGGAGUUGUUUGUGUGGUUGAUUACGUUCCUGAGUGUGGUGAUCAUCGAUAUCGACAUCGGACUGCUGAUCGGGGUGGUGUUUUCGUUGGUGGCGUUGUACAUCAAGGGAUGGAAGUCCUACUACAGUUUGCUGGGCACGGUUCCAGAUACGGCGAUCUACGUGGACCUGGGAAGUCAUAACCGUGCCGAAGAGGUGCCGCAUAUCAAGAUCUUUAAGUAUUCGGGUGCAAUCAACUUUGCCAGCAGGGCAACAUUUAAGAAGGCACUGACCAAGGAGGUUGGCGUAGAUCAGAGCCUGAUACGACGGGCAUCCCAGUACGAUGCGGCUGGAGAGGGAGCGGGACUACAAAUCAUCAAGACGGUGAUUAUCGAUCUGUCCAGCGUGGCCCACAUCGAUACAUCCGCCUGUAAGAUGUUCAGCGAGAUUAAGAAGGAUCUGAAUGCGGUCGGUGUAAAUACGCUGAUAGCCUGCCCGGCGGAUUGCGUGUACGAUACGCUGCUGCAUGCGGAAUCGAUCGGAGAGGGUGGUUUCCACAUAUUCCCGACCGUUCACGACGCGGUGCUGUUUGCACAAGGAUCUGCGUCGACUGUUUAAGGCUCGGAUCGACCAUCACCGAUGAAUGAUGAAGUGCCAAAGAAAUUAGGAUGCUGUGUGUUAGUGGGUAGUUUACGGCAAGCACGAACGUGAUGCACGCGGUGUCAGGUAUUAGUGACUGCAGAAAGCUAGUAGCAUGCAGGAAAAUGUGCCUUUUUUAUCAUCUCCCGGAAGGAAACUGAAGGGGGACGACUAGACGAUAUAGCUAAACAAACAUAUGAAGAGUAGAUCAUCUUAUGAAUAACUUAGUACUUAAGGACAGAAGUUGAACAAAAUGCGAAUAGAAAGUAACAGUAACUGAUUCUCGCCAUAUAAGAAGAAGAAGAGCAACACUAUCUCAUGUAGUACGAACUGUGUACAUCUCUUAAUCAAUGUCUUACCGGUAUGUUGAUUUUAUCGUUUUGCUCUAAUUUACUUCAUCGAAUAUCUUACAGGGAUUUAUUCGAAAAUAGUUUAUAUAUUUUUUUCUGCGUUUCCUAUAAAGAAAAUUCUUUUUUUUUUCUUAUUCAACCACCAAGCCACCUAGUUCUAUACCAACAAAUACACAUUCUCACACCGUACUGUGUAUGUGUCGCUGACAAUAUUUAUUGUGAAUAAAAUGUUGAAUAUUUCUACGA